GUCCAGAGAGAUUCAGCACCAGGGUAAGAAUGCUUUUCUACUGCAGCUAAUGACUCUCAGUCGGAGUUUGACUAAAGGAACCAAGUCACAUGUUUCUGUGAUCAGUAUCUGCCCAGCCUUGUGCUCCAGCCUUUCUGGAGGCUUGUAUGCUGGAAACUGGAGCCGUGAAACGCUGGGAUUUAGUGGCAAGAACUUCAAUGUGAAGAAAAGAAUAAGAAGAAAUGAUCAGCUGUUAAGGAAUCCAUGGAUAGAUCAGCUCUGUUGACAGACAACAGGUGCUGAUUUCUUAAACUGCACGUGGAACGUAAUGUCAUUAACAAGACUCCAGAAAAACAAAUCUUGAGAUGAUACAGGGAGUUCUAUCAUAUGGAGCUUUCUUCACACUGGAAUGAGCUCUUACAUGAGAACUGGGAAUACGUUCCAAAUGGCUUUCUUCCCCGAUUGGAUGCAGUGAGUGACAAAACAGCUUCUGUUGGUACAUUGUUGAUGUGUGGAUGAACGAUUAUUUGUCCUGAUACCAUAAUUAAGCAGCGAUUAUCUUGAAACACAUAUUUCUUAUAGAAAUGGUCCAAAAAAUAUUUCUCAGCUAACCUUGAUGGCACCAGUGGAUCUACUACCCUGAUGUGGGGGUGAUUUAUCAAGAUUUUGGGGAAAAGUCUAUUUAUACAAUCCAGACAAGGAGCUAGCCUUUAAGUGGAUUAUUACAGUUAGUGGAUGUGUAUUAUUUCAAGAGACAAGGAAUCACAAAGCAGUGACUUUUUUUGUGGUUGUGUUCAGGAAAGCUUUAAUAUGAUCAUGUAUGGGGAAUUGCUGCUAAACUCUAGCAAUGCAACAGAGGCUCAAGUCAUGAUACAGACUAACACGUCUUACUUGAGCAGCACUCAGAGGCCAGUGAGUGCCUCUGUUCUGUACAUGUCUACAGCAAAAGUGAUGAAAGAAGGUGGGCUGAAUAAACCAGACCUUGUGACUUAUAUUGUUCUGUUUGUUCUGCUAUUUUUGACUGUGGUAAUAAUUGUACUUUUUAUAAAUUGCCAACUGAGGAAUUCGUUCUUUGCAGGGCUGCCUUAUGACAGAUCACUAAGAGAAGCCAGGAGCCCAUGGAAAACACAGUCUGUUUGAACCCAAGGAGUGGGAUUUCU